AUGAGCUCCAAGGUUGAAAAGCUGCCUACCAAAAGAACAAGAUCCAAAGCUGGAUGUAUCAAUUGUAAGAAGCGUAAGAAGAAGUGUGAUGAAAUCAAGCCCAUCUGUACUGGUUGUUUGAAAAGAGGAGUCACAUGCCACUACAAAUUAACCACUUUCCAAGAGGAAGAGGAUGACUCAACAAAGAUACAAACGGUGAACUUGAACUUUUUGAUGGAUAAUGAUGAAAGUAGCUGCCAUGGUGAACUCUACAGUGAGCUAAUAUGGCGUACGCUGGACUCUGAAUCACUUUAUGAUCAUUUGAUGUUACCCACAGAGCUAGAGAUAAGGCUUCCUUUUGAACUUUCCACAAGGGAGUUGAAAUAUUUUGAAUACUAUUGUAAGGAAAUAUCACCAAACCUCUCCAUAUUACCUCAAAAAUUCAAUCAUUACUCAAAGCUCUACAUACCUAUUGCAUUAAAAGCAAAAUCGGUUUUGUUAACACUAAUUAGCUGGGGUUGCCGGGUUAUGAAUCAAAACAAUUUAGAAUAUGACACUACAACACAAGAUAAUUACCUUGAACAGAUAAAGUCCAUAAUAGAUAAAGACAACCAAAAUUUGAACAAGGAAAAGUUUCUUUCAAAUUUCGUGAGCUAUAUGUUGCUUGUUUCUAUGGAGACUUCAUUUGGUGAUACAACAAAAUGGCCAAUAUAUUUUAUAUCAUGUUUCAAUCUACUCAAUAAAAUGCCUGGAAAUUUUCAAUAUUUGCUUCAGGAAUUUUCAACAGAUGGUUAUUUAUUAGCUGAAAACUUUGCUUAUUUUGAUGUUUUGGCUUCUCAAUCCAAUGAGAAUGGAACAUUUUAUCCGAUUCAAGAGUACCAGGAUGUCUUCACAAAUAUUGGUAAUAACAUACAUGACCCUUUACAAGGGUGUGCGAGACCAAUAGUUGUACUCAUUGGUAAAAUAAUUACUUUACUGGUAGAGUACAACACUUUAAAGACCACGUUUGAUUUGCCUGAAUGUGAUAAGAUUGGUUUACUACAUAACAUUAUGACUAGAGCUGAUAUCUUGGAACAUGAAAUUAGAUUUUGUAAACCAGAUUUGAGUGCUCUUAUAGGUGACAAGACUCAACUUGAAGCUCAUUUAACAUUUUAUGAACUUUAUCAAAUUGCUGCCCAAAUCUAUUUGAAAUUAGUUAUUAAAAAAUUACCACCAAUAGUUCCAGAAGUUGAAGUAUUGAAUUUCAGCUUAAAACAAGAUCUUGAGAUAUUGAUUAGUUCCGAAUUAUUACAAAAAAAUUUAGCUUUCCCAAUGUUGGUUCUGGGAAUAAGUACAACUGGACAAGAAGAUCGCAAAGAUGUUGAGUCAAUUUUUCAAAGACUUAUACAAAAAACAGGGUACAUGUGUGGUUAUCAGAAAAUUUGGAUUGUUGUGCAAAAAAUUUGGCAUUUGAACAAUAAUGGAACUAAAAAUAUUGAUUGGUUCAAAGUUACCAGUCAAUUAGGAUGGAGAUUAAAUCUAGGAAGAUGA